GCAGAGUUACGCCCCUUGUAAUCCACGAGAUUUCGCGAGAGGUUGUCGUUGUCAGGAAACGAGCUAAAACGGGUACCUGUUUGCAAACAGACGCAGUUUUCAUCAGGAUCUCGACCAGGUAGCAUCGAAAAUGGACGAUUUUCAAUCAGCAGAAGAGACCUCAUUUGUUGUUGAUGAAGUGACAAACAUCAUCAAAGAGGCAAUUGAAGGAGCGAUUGGAGGCAAUGCCUAUCAACACAACAAAGUGAACCAAUGGACCUCCAAUGUUGUGGAGCAAUGUCUAAAUCAGCUUACAAAACUGGGAAAACCCUUUAAGUACAUAGUGACUUGUGUGAUCAUGCAGAAGAAUGGCGCCGGUCUCCACACUGCUAGUUCCUGCUUCUGGGACAACUCCACUGAUGGUAGCUGCACAGUGAGGUGGGAGAACAAGAUGAUGUACUGCAUCGUCAGUGUCUUCGGCCUCGCCAUCUGAACAAACAACAUCGGCGACUUGUACAGAUACACACAACAUGCAUCAUUCAUUCACAGCUUGUGAUACUCCUUAACCUUAUUUAUGUUGACUGUUGGAUUGUGAUGUUUGUGGAGGUGCCAUUGUCCCAUUUUCCCAUUGGAAUAACUCUAGAUGAGUUAGCAUAUGGUGUAGAUCUUGUUCCCGAGAAUGUUGGACAAUGGGACAUUGCAUUACCUGUGUCAUUAAGACAGUGUUUUAAUAUAUGUUAUAGCUUAUUGACUUAACCUCUACUUCUGUUUGUAUAACUCUGUAGCUACAGGACUUCUAUGCUUGGACAUUAGGAGGUUGGUGAAUUGCGUUGCCAAAUUUAUGUACAAAAUGUGGUUAUUUGGGGUUUUAAGUGUAGGAUUCAUAAUUGUCAAGUAAGAACACUUCCUCUGUUUAGUUCUUUCACUUUUUCUGCGAUUUUAUUGGAUCAUUGAAAAAUAAAAUAAAUCAUCAUAUUCAA